AACGAUGAUUUCAGAAAAAACUACAACCUCGAUCCAAUCGACAUCAAUAUUCUACUAAAAUUAUUUCAACAUGUCACAAACUUAAAUUUCUUCAUGUUUAACAAUAAAACUUACAAAAUGGAAGACGGUCUACCUAUGGGAAAUCCCAUAAGUGGACUAUUAGCAAACAUCUUUAUUGAUCACCUUGAACUUCGAAUUAAAAAUCUACCAAAUUUCAAACAUGUUACCACCUGGUUAAGAUAUGUAGACGACAUAUUUGUCAUUUGGACUGGGACAAUAGAACAACUUCAUCACUUCCACACAACUAUUAACAAUAUUUCAGACAUAAAAUUUACAUUAGAAACAGAAUCAAAUAACACACUUAACUUUCUAGACAUCACUCUAUAUAACAAUAACAACCACAUAUCAUACAAUAUAUACAGGAAACCAACUACCACUGAUGUUAUAAUACCCUACAACUCCUAUCACUCACCUAACAUAAAAAUGGCCGCCUUCAACUUCCUCUUUAAUAGACUACUAAACACCCCCCUAAACCCAUUAGAUUUUCAUAACGAAUACAACACGAUCCUUCAAAUAGCUCAAAAUAACAACUACAAACCUACCCUCAUUAAUAACAUUUUUAAAAGAAUCAAAUACAAACAUUUGCUCAAAAACAUAUAUCCACAUCAUAAAUACAGCAAUAAAUACAUAACCAUCCCAUACUACAAACACAUACAUACACACCUACAAAAAGCACUAAACCCCUACAACAUCACCCUCACUAACACCACACACCCUACAUUACAAAAGAUUCUAACCAACUACAAACCAAAGGAACCACAUUAUUUACAAUCAGGAAUAUACAAAAUCACAUGUAACGAUUGCAACUGCAUAUAUAUAGGACAAACCACAAGAAAAUUUCUAACAAGAUUCACCGAACACAACAAAAACAAACCACAUUCAGCCAUAGGUACCCACAUAAAUAACACAAAACACACAAUAUCAAUAGACAAUACAAAAAUUCUACACAAAACCAACAAUUACAAGAAAUUAACAAUACUAGAACACUAUGAAAUUCACAAAGCGUUACAAGAUCCUAAUUUCAAAUUAAUAAAUGACAUAACUGAAUUCAAUGAUAAUCAUCUGUAUAAAUACGUUGCCCAUUCACAUAACACGCCACUGCCUCAUACAUAACCUCACAUACUGAUACACACACACUGCACUUAAUACAUGUAAGUAAUUAAUUUAUUUCUGUUAUAUGAUUUACUAUCCUUUAAUUCAAUUUCAGCGCUCACACAGACACAUACAUCAUUCAAUUUUAUAUAAAAAUAUGGACAUUUACAUCAUACAUUUCCAUCUUGUUAAAAAACGUAAUUCAGUAGACGCUACGGCCUGAUGAAGCCCUAUAAGGCGAAAUCGAUAGCCCAUAGAAAAUAAUAACAUUAUAGGUUUUUAUUAUACUUGAUUUUAUU